AUGGAUGAUUAUAUCUCACUUACAAUCAUUGUUUCUCAUAGACAGGACGGUGUAAUUGUGGACCAUGACGUGAUUGUAGAGACAGAAUACUCAGAAGAUAAAAAUGUGUCUGAAAAAUACAGUGAAAUACUUAAUAAUGUAAGAGACCAGCUUGAGGAAGUAAAAAAUGGUACCUGCGCAGAGGAAAAUGGUAAGUACAUAUCAUCAAUUGCACAUUAGUAUUACAAUAUAACUGUGCUUAUUAUUAUCCAGACCAUCAGUUCAAACUGCAUUCCAAUAUUGCUCAAUAUGCUCAAUUUGCAUUUAAAGAACACUUCAAGCACUACUACCACAAGUUAUGGUUCCUCAUCGCCUAUAUCUUGUCUGGCACAGAAAAAAUCACAACAAUGAUAGAGGUGUAAACUUUUGUCAGAAAAAUAGCUGCAGGUUUAAGAUUUACAUAUUUAAAUCUUAAAUAAAUAUAUAUAUACACACACGAAACAAGCAAAAAAAGUACACAUAUUAAAAAGCAUGGACAUGAGCACACACAAUAAAGUUCUGGCACACAAAAUGAAAUCAAUAAAUGCAAAAUAAGAACAUGCCAAACUAAUGUAACAUUUGACUGCAAUGAUUUUAUACGUAACACCUAUGAGUUUCAUAUUGCUUCCUGUGAGUUGACUUUGGAAGAACCUUUCAGUCCUAGUAGUAUCUCUUGCUUUAUGUCUUCACAGACGUUGACGCCCUUUGUGUUUCGUCAGUCGGCAACAUAACAGAAAUUCAGCCACCGAGUGAACAAGGUGAGUGAUGAGAAAUUUCUUCACAGCCCUUUAUAUUUCUUCAAUUGAAAAAUAUCAUGACAUAAAAUAUUUUUUUCUUACUUGCCUUCUUCAGAAAUCUGUAAUAGCAGAGUUGGUGAAGGUUUUAAUGCAUUUUACUCAGCAUUUAUAAAUUCUGAUGGCUUGCAGUGUAUAUCACACUGCGACUCCAGAUCCAACAACCUUUAUAUCUGUUAUUUUGGAACCUGCCAGAUUCAGAAUGUGACAGGACCUGAGUGCCUGUGAGUAUAACAUAUUAUUAAUAUAUAAGUGAUAUAUCAUAAAUGUUAAAUAAAUAUAUACUUUUUGCCUCUUGAUUAUUUUACUUUCCUGGAAUUAUUGCAUGGGUCAACUGACUGUAGUUUAUUGCGAUGUGAUAUUGUUGCAUAGUUUGAUUAUGGAAUUGCAACAUCAGUCACAUAAAAGUUAUUCCAAACAGCAAGUACAACAGAAAACCUUAGCUUUAAGGGGCCUGAAGCCAUCCCAAGCCUGAUCCUUAAAUAGCAGUCUCUCACAAGGAGGAUAACAAAGAGAACAAACAUAAUGUUGCUUCUGAUAUUGUAAGAUGAGAAUACCUCCCCGCCUGUCCCUCCACUGUCUCAUCCCCCCUGCCAGCUCCUCCACAUGUCUCAUUCCCCCCAGUUUCUCCACAUGUUUCAUUCCCCCCAGUUCCUCCAUGUGUUUCAUUUCCUCCAGCCCCUCCACUUGUAUCAUUCUCCUCCUAGUCCCUCCAGGCGUCUUAUUUCCCCCUAGCCCCUCCAUGUGUCUCUCCAACCACUCAUGUGUCUCUCCCAGCUUCCAGUCCCUCCAUGUGUCUCUCCCACCUCCCAGCUCCCCCAUGUGUCUUUCCCACCCACGUGUGUGACAGACACACAAACUGACAGACACACACUCACUGACACACACAUACUCAUGCUGACAAACACACACAUAAACUGACAGACACACACUGACACACACACAAACAAACUGACAGACACACACACACACACACACAAACUGACAGACACACACACACUUACUGACAUACACAGACACAUACACAUGUUGACAAACACAAAAACAAACUGACAGACACACACUGACAGACACACAAACUGACAGACACACACACACAAACUGACAGGCAGACACAUACAAACACUAACAGACACACACACACACACACAAACUGACAGGCAGACACAUAAACACACUAACGGAAUGUUGUCAUAUUCCUGCUCGCGGCAUCACAGAGGGCGCAAGGGAAAAGAGAGGAACUGACAGAUAAGUUCCCCCUCGCCGCUGCCAAAUGCCUCCCCUCCCCUCCAGUAUAUCUCUGCAGAGUAGGCACCUGCCAUCCAGGUCAGCAGGGUGGCCGGCUGCAACCCAUGAGACCGUGGUAGUUCUGCCACUGCUUGUUAUUGUGCUCUUGAUAAAGUGUGCAAUAGCAUAAAACACAUAUUUUGCUCUGGUGGCUCAACAGUGUGAGCUGUUUUUAGUGCAUAUAAUUGUUUGAAUUUAUUACAAGUACAAGAAAACAAAGAUUGUGAUUUAUUAGAACAAGCAGUAGUAGAAUUUAUCCAGUGAGCACUGGAUUCCUUUUUUAUUUUAAGUUUCAAGUAUUGUACGAAUUGAUCACUCACUCAGCUGUAUGAAGGUUUGGUCACAAUUUAAAUUGCAAGCAGCGUUGUGAAGUCCGAUAAUUUCUCUAUUUAAAUCAUUGAGAAAAUGGAGAAGUGAGACUUUCUACCUCAAAACCAUUUCAUUAACCUAAAGUUGUUUUCAUGCUUAGAGUGUCCCUUUCUUUUUUGAUUUGUUAAUUAAUUUAAAGGUUGCUGUGUAGUGAACUAAUCAUAUUUAUUUUAUUUCAGGUGUUCAAAACCAGAGAAAUACAUAUACAGUGGUUCUCGUUGUCAGGGGAGGAUUUUAAAGGCUGCUCUAUAUGGUGGUGUUGGAGCAGCCAUUGGUGUCCUGUUAAUUAUCAUUCUCACUGUGGGAAUUCUCCUGUUCAGAGCAAAAAAAACUAGGAAAUUGUAAGAAUUACAUUAUGUGUUAUAAUGUGAUCAUGGGGCAUAACAUAUAUUUCUGUGUUAUAUUUAUGUUGUUUGAUGUUAUGAGCUUAUGCACCAGGCAGGGCCGCCAUCAGGGUGUGACAACCAUGACGGUUUUCCCAGGACCCACACUCCUCUAAUAAUUAAAGCUAUCUGCGGAUUUGGCGCAGCGAGGGAGCAUUGAUACCUCACUGCGCCGAAUCCAUCAAUAGCCGCAAGAAAUUAGGUGGGGAGAGGAGAGUGCCGGUGUUCUAUCAGAUUUCCCUACCCUGUAAAAUGUCCAUACCCAUAGGGAAAUCUGAUAGAACACUGGUGUUCUAUUAGAUCUCGGGCCCCCUUCCGUGAGCUAGCAGGGAGAUCAAAAGAUCGCCUGCUCUUAGAUAUGGACUACCUGGUGGCCCGAAGGGCUGCGUGUGGACUCCCUGGUGGUCUGGUGGGCGGCUGGUGGACUCCCUGGUGGUUCGGUGGGCUGCUAGUGGGCUCCCUGGUGGUCCAGUGUGUUGUUAGAGGAGCUGCACUCCCUCGUGGUUCUGUUCAUUAUCUCCACUGACAUUCUGUUCAUUAUCACUCACCAACCUCUCUGUGCCACACACCUUAUAAAAUUGUCCCUUGGCCUGUCAUACUAACCUCCCCUAGCCCUGUCACACUAACACCGUUAAACCUGUCACACUAACCCCCUCUAAUCCUGCAACACUAACCCCCCAACCCUGUCACACUAACCCCCUCUAACAAUGUCACACCAACACCCCAAACACUGCCACACUAACCCCCACUAACCCUGUCACAUUAACCCCCUCUAACCCUGUCACACUAACCCCCCUAACCCUGUCACACUAGUCCUAUCAUCCAAACCCUGUCACUUUAGCAUGUCACACUAACCCUGUCACACCAACACCCUCCCAGUCACUUGCCCCCUCUCACACUGUCACACUUACCCACCCCAACACUCACACUCACCCCACCCCUCCAACCCUGUCACGCUCACUCCCUAACUGUGGCAUGUUCAACCACCCUCACAUCUACUCCCCAAACACUAUCACAUUUAACCAAAGCUGUCUCUGUGUGUAUCUGUGUAUGUAUCUGCAUGUCAGUGUGUGUAUGUACCAGUGUGUGUGUGUGUGUGUGUAUAUAUCUGUGUAUGGGUCAGUGUGUGUCUGUGUAUUUGUAUGUAUGUUGGUGUGUAUGUCUGUGUAUCAGUUUAUACACACACAGUGUGUGUGUGGCAGUUUAUACACUACACACAAAUGCACGCCUGCAUUCAAAAUAUUCACACAUGCAUACUCUAUACAAAAGCACAUUUACAUUCAAACACAGACACACAGCUCCAUGCUAAACACAACCCUGCAAGCAUGGGCAAAUUGUAUAUCCCCAGCAAGCAAAGUAUUGUGGAACUUGCACGACAGAUGGGGAUCUUUUUGGCUACAAGGUUACCCCCCCAAAAAAACUUGCACCAUGGCUCUCUCUAUGUUAGUUCCAACAUUGCCUCUGCAGUGCCUCUUGUAUAGUGAAAACAGUUGCCAGCACUUGGGACCUUUAGCUUUCAGAAGCUCUCUCCAACUCACGGGAGCCCCCAGCUGUCAGAGUGUUGCUGCUAGUUACCGUGACAACGCUCUGAACGACACAUAGACUGGACUCACAAGAAGAUCUUGUUGGCUGGGCCUCCUCUUCACUGCACAGCACCUGGCAGCCUGCACAAUGCCAGAUGAUCACCAGGAAGUGUAAUAUCCCCCUCCCUGGCCACAUAUAUGAAAUAUUUAGAGGGGAAUAAAAUUAAUAAAUUAAUGAUAAAAAGAAAAAAAACUUUUUCCAACACAGUGCAUCCUUUACACCAUGAAUGCCAAAAAGGUAGAUCCCCAGAUGUUUUAUAACUACAGCUUCCAUGAUGCUCUGUUAUUCUAAAGGCAUGCAAAGCAUCAUGUGAGUUGUAGUUCUAUAACAUCUACGGAUCUAUCUUUUGGACAUGCCCUACAUAAACACAUACACUGCAUCCACUACACAAAAACACUGUAUUCUCUGCACACACACAUUGCAUCUUUGUGGGCAGACUCGGGGGCAAGCACCGGGGGGCGUACUCAGGGGAUUUUUCAAUUAGGCCCAGACCUUGAGUAGUGUUAGGGACCCCAAAAUAUUUCUGAUGGCAGCUCUGGUGCCAGAUACUGAGUAGCCGUGUCUAAUUAAGGCAAAAAUAGUUUUUAUGUUUAAUUAACAUUACUUUAACUAUCUGUUCAAGGCACAUAGAUUGACUAAGGAUUUCCCGUAAAACACAGUAAGUGAUUAGGCCUGUAUACGCUUUGUGGUUUUUGUUACUCUGUAAUUUUAAUGAAAUUUUUUGUUUUAUUAGGGAUGCUUUCUAUAAUGAUCAGAAUGAUAAAUGGUAUGAAGAUGAUGGUAAUGAUGAAUGGAGUGAACGAGGUAUUACCAACAUCAGUGGAAGUGAAGAAGAUACAGGUACAUGUGACCUACUGGUACAACAUUAACACUGUGACCCACUGAAGGGAGGAAAAUAAAUUCAAAGCCUCAUAAAGGAGCCUAGGGCCCUGGAACACUUUGUACCCAAUCACUUCCCAGGCUUCCUGCUCAUUUGUCCCGCAACAACUUGAACACAAUAAUUAACUUUUAACUUUAUUAACCAUGAAGCAUCACAAUCAUGUUUUGAGAGAUUUAUUAUCAGUAUUUAUACAGAUAACAGUUUCUAAAAUUCCAGUAUAGUUACUGUAACAAAAUGGGAUUCCAGUUUUAAUGCAUAUAAUUAUUACAUAAUCACCGAUCACCCCUUCCUUAAUUUGUUUGCUUGUCUGCCUAUUGUUUAAGGACUUUCUCUUAAAGGGACACUAUAACCACUUGAACAAAUACAGCUUAAUGAAACACUAUAGGGUCGGGAACACAAAUAUGUGUGUAAAAACAACCAUUUAGGUGGCUUGCCACGUCUCCAAUCUACAUCCUUAGAUUAGCUAAAAUCGGCAUUUAGGCCGGAUGGAGGCGAUUCAGCAACUCCUCAUAGGGAUUAGUUAGAAUUAUUUUUUAGAUGUAUUUCUCUUGCUUGACUGAAAAAAUAAAAAAAUUAAACCUACAUACUUAAAGCAACACUAUAGUCACAAAGACCACUUCAUCUUAAUAAAAUGGUCUUGGUGCAGUGUCUGCUUAACCCUGCAAUGUAAAACAUUGAGAAACUGUCUGACUCUAGCAGCUGUAGAGAUGUAGAGUAUCGGUCUGCAGCACUGACCGAUUAAAACCUCAUAGGCAGGGCAGGACUGGGAAAAAAAUUAGGCCCGGGCAUUUUUCAAUUAGAGCGGCCCCCCAAGAAGGGGGCGCGGCCAGAGAGGGUGUUUUUUUGUCAUCACUAAUGACAAGUACGCCCCUUCUGAAAGUGAGCAUGUUGGUUCAAUGCGCAGAGCCCCGCUGAAGAGGUCUAGCAUUAGAAAAAGGCCCUGUAUUUGUUCUGCGCAGCGCAAGCAAAUGUAAUAACAUGCUUGCGCUGUGUUUGCUUUUAAAUUGUCUUUGGUGUCUCCACAAGUGGGAUACCAGAGGACAAAAGGGCCAGGAAAGUGUAUGGUGCAUGUGUUUGGCGGAUGCUUGUGGGAUUGCCUGUGUGUAGAGUGUGGUGUGGUAUUGUGUAAAUAGGUCAAUUUUGUGGUGUAAUAUGUGUGGCUAGAGGCUGUAGAGAAUGCGUGUAUAGGGGCAUAGUGUUAUAGAGGAUGUAGCGAGUUUGUGCAUACGGGCAGUAGUGUGUGUGUAUAGGUGACAUAGUGUGUGUAGGGGUUGUAGAGAGGGUGUGUUUAGAGAAUGUUGUAUAUGUUUGCUUACAAGGAAUGUAGUGUGUGUGUAGGUGGUGCAGUGUGUGUGUGUGUAAGAGAUUUAAUGUGUAAAGGACCCAGAGUGUGUAUAGAAGAGUGUGUGUGUGUGUGUGAGUGUGUGUGUGUGUAGAAGAUUAAGAGUGCAUAUAGGGUAAGGGAUCUAGCGUGUAUCUGGAGUGUAAUGUGUGGGAGGGACAGACAGGGGGAGGGACAGACUUAUAGCUCCUUCUGUCUGUGUCACUGUGUCACCCUGCAGGGGGAGGAACAGACUCAUAGCUCCUUCUGUCUGUGUCACUGUGUCACCCUGCAGGGGGAGGGACAGACUCAGAGCUCCUUCUGUCUGUGUCACUGUGUCACCCUGCAGGGGGAGGGACAGACUCAGAGCUCCUUCUGUCUGUGUAGCUGUGUCACCCUGCAGGGGGAGGGACAGACUCGGAGCUCCUUCUGUCUGUGUCACCAUGUCACCCUGCAGGGGGAGGGACAGAUUCGUAGCGCCUUCCAUAUGUGUCACACUGUGCUAGGACCGGAACGUUAUAAAUCCUAGAUACUAUGCUGCAAAGUUCCUGUAAGUGUUGCUUUCACUCACUGUUACCCCUCUCUCUACAGGUAAUUCUUUAUCUGCAAAAGAAAACUUCAAACCAGCACUGGAAACUGUAGACACAACAAUUGAGGUAAUGUAG